AUUACCAAUUCUAACCUACAUCGUAUCAGAAGCAUAGAAAAGGAAAAACUUAUUAUGCCAACGCAAAAGCAAUCUGAACCCAAAGAGAUUUUGGGUUUGAAUCGCAUAACGAAAAAACGAAUCUUAGAAUUAUGUAAACGCGAUAAGCUAUAUCAAACGCCCAGACUAAAUGAUGUCCUGUAUUUGCAUUAUCAAGGUUUCCAGAACAUUGAAUGUCUUGAAGAUUAUACCGAAUUGAAAUGUCUGUGGCUUGAAUGUAAUGCCAUAUCGGAAAUUCAGGGUUUGGAAAACCAAACCAAAUUGAAAUGCCUCUAUCUGCAAAGCAAUUUAAUAAGGAAAAUUGAAAAUUUGGAAUUUUGCAAAGAGCUGGACACAAUCAAUUUGUCACAAAAUCAAAUAAGGAAAAUUGAAAAUGUCGGCUGUGAUGUCCUGCCCGUGCUGAAUACCUUAAACAUAGCAUCGAAUUACAUUAAAGAUGCCGAGGGAUUGCGAGAUUUGGAGAAUUGUAAAAAUCUUUCAGUUUUGGAUUUGUCAAAUAACCGAAUCGAUGAUAUUUUGGUGGUGAAGGUUUUUGCCAAAAUGCCGGAACUAAAAGUUUUGGUAUUGCAAGGAAAUCCUGUGGUCUCGAAAAUCCCUCAAUAUCGAAAGACUUUAAUAUUGGAAUGUAAAAAACUAACCUAUUUGGACCAACGACCAGUUUUUCCCAAAGAUCGAGCUUGUGCUGAAGCUUGGAAACGUGGCGGCUAUGAGGAGGAACGCAAAGAAAAUGAACGUUGGAAUCGCCAGGAACGUCGCAAGAUGAGAGACAGCGUUAAUGCCACAAUACGCCUGCGUAACAAAUACCGUAAACCUGAAGAUCAUAUGACUCUAUUGGUAUCCUCCGAUUCCGAAGACGAAGCCACACAGCAGAGACGACAACGUCAACAAGAUGUUCUCGAUUCGGGUGUUGAUAUGGAACUUGGAAUAUGGGAUGAAGUAGCUGGAGAUGACGGCCAUGGAGCUGAAGUAUCACCAUCUUCAUCCUCAUCCCAGACGGAUGUUAGUUCUUCAACUUCGGAUUCGAAGGAAAGUCACGAAAAUGCUCCCAGACGGGUUAAUUUGGAAAUCGAAACUGCCGAUGAUAAAUACGAGGUGUUAGACGAAAUGGAAAAGGUUAUGAAAACUAUGGACACUGAAAUCCAAGAGCCUCAACGAAAACCGGGCGAUUCAUCUCUCCUACCCGAAAGUUUCUUCCAAAAAAGCGAAGAAAAGGCUGAGAACAAUUUAAUUGAGACAACUGAAACGGAUGAUGAUGUGAAAGAUAUCCUUAAAAAUGCUCCCAGACGGGUUAAUUUGGAAAUCGAAACUGCCGAUGAUAAAUACGAGGUGUUAGACGAAAUGGACAAGGUUAUGAAAACUAUGGACACUGAAAUCCAAAAGCCUCAACGAAAACCGGACGAUUCAUCUCUCCUACCCGAAAGUUUCUCUCAAAAAAGCGAAGAAAAGGCUGAGAACAAUUUAAUUGAGACAACUGAAACGGAUGAUGAUGUGAAAGAUAUCCUUAAAAAUGCUCCCAGACGGGUUAAUUUGGAAAUCGAAAUUGCCGAUGAUAAAUACGAGGUGUUAGACGAAAUGGACAAGGUUAUGAAAACUAUGGACACUGAAAUCCAAGAGCCUCAACGAAAACCGGACGAUUCAUCUCUCCUACCCGAAAGUUUCUCUCAAAAAAGCGAAGAAAAGGCUUUAAAGGCGGAUAAUGAUGUGAAAGAUAUCCUUAAAAUUAUCGAGUUCCUAAGGGAACAAGAAAUUCUAGAGCAGCUAUUCUCCCAAAGACAAGAAAAUGACAAUUCAAAAAUGGCACCAAAAGAAAAAUGUCCUUCGGUCAUAGUGAAGGAGAAAUCGGAAUUAUCGGGAUUAAAGAACGAAUCGAAUAUCGUCCAACAACAAAAACCAAUUCAAGGCGAAAACCUCGAUCCCUAUGUCGAAGAGCUAAAAAUGGAAAAAUCUCCCACUAAAUUUGAAGAUGAGACCAUCGCCUUGGAAAAAAAUCUGAAAACAGAAGAUAUUCUAUUGAAAAAAAUUGACAUUAAUCCAGUUGAAAUGCAAGAGAAUCUGCCUGAUUCCAAAUUAGAAACUGCGACUACAAAAACCGAAAUCCAGAAAAACAAUCCAAUACAACAUCAAAACCUCGAUUCUCAUGUGGAAGAAUUCAAAAUGGAAAAAAUUGCAUCUAAGUAUGAGAAUGAGAGGUCCUCUUUGGAAGAGUACCCCAAAGAAGAGAAAUUGGAAAAAAUUGACAACAAUCCAGUUAAUCUGCAAGAUGACAACUCUAUAUCCCCGGAUAUGAAUUACGAGGCCAAUGUAUUUGAAGAUGAAAUCGGAGAGGAGUAUUUCUCAAACGAAAUGCACAACAAAAUAGUGGAUAUUGAAAACUUCGAUUCUCAUGUGCAAGAGUGCAAAAUGGAAAAAAUUGCAACUAAAUAUGAGAAUGAGAGGUGCGCAUUGGAUGAAAAUCCCAAACAAGAGGAAUUGGAAACAUUUGACAACAAUCCAGUUAAUCUGCAAGAUGAUGACUCUAUAUCCCCGGACGACUUUGUAUGCCCGGAUAUGAAUUUCGAGGCCAAUGUAAAAGAAGAUAAAAUCGGAAAGGAGUGUUCUUCAAACGAAAUGCACAACAAAAUACUGGAUAUUGAAAAUUUCGAUUCUCAUGAGGAAGAGUGCAAAAUGGAAAAAAUUGCAACUGAAUAUGAGAAUGAGAGGUCCUCUUUCGAUGAAAAUCCCAAAGAAGAGGAAUUGGAAAAAAUUGACAACAAUCCGGUUAAUCUGCAAAAUGAUGACUUUAUAUCCCCGGAUAACACUAUAUCCCCGGAUAUGAAUUUCGAGGCCAAUGUAGAAGAAGAUAAAAUCGGAGAGGAGUGUUCUUCAAACGGAAUGCACAACAAAAUAGUGGUUAUUGAAAAUUUCGAUUCACAUGUGGAAGAGUGGAAAAUGGAAAAAAUUGCAACUAAAUAUGAGGAUGAGAGGUCCUCUUUGGAUGAAAAUCUCAAGGAAGAGGAAUUGGAAAAAAUUGACAAAAAUCCAGUUAAUCUGCAAGAUGGCGACUUUAUAUCCUCGGACGACUUUAUAUCCCCGGAUAUGAAUUUUGGGGCCAAUGUAAAUGAAGAUAACAUCGGAAAGGAGUGUUUCUUAAACGAAAUGCAGAACAAAAUAGUGAAUAUUGCAAACCUCGAUUCUCAUGCGGAAGAGUGCAAAAUGGAAAAAGUUGCAACUAAACAUGAGGAUGAGAGCACCGCUUUGGAUGAAAAUCCCAAGGAAGAUGAAUUGGAAACAUUUGAUAACAAUCCAGUUAACCCGGAAGAGAGUCCGACCAAUUUCAAAUUGGAAACUGCAACUGCAAUCCCUUCACAAAACUUGUUGCGGGAUAACAAUUUUGAAUACAAACCCCUGGACAUGGCAUCCUUGACAAGAGCUUCCAAUAAAGCCAUGGACUCGCUGGAAAGAGAAACAAAAGAGCUCAUUGCUCUUUUACAAAAUCUAGAAGAGGAAAAUGAAGAGAAAUUCAAAGAGAUUGAAUUUCAAGAGAAAGAAAUCACUGAAAAUGUGGAUGAGAAGUCUUAUGAAGACAAUGUCAUUAUGGGAGAAAAUUCAGAAGAACAACAAGGAAAGGAAAUCUCUUAUCAGUCCGAAACGGAGUCCAAAGAGAUCAAAAGAGAUAACAAAUGCCAAAAAUUGAAUCCUGCAGAGACAACGAGUGAUAUCGGAUCGGAGGGAAUUAAACUGGGAAAUAAUGAAGAACAAUUCGACGAAAUUGAUAUCAAACAAACAGUUCUCAAUAUAAUUUAUGCUGCUACAUCUAGCGAAUGCAGCAACAUCCAGAGCGAGGACAGGAAAUUCAGUUGCUAUGAGAUAGAAAAAAUGGAAGCGCUGACAGAAGACCCGGAUGACGUUGAUAUAUCUCAGGAAAUGGAUUUCGACGACAAUAGACAAGAAAUGAAAGUCAAAGAGAAUGCAUCUCAAAUCGGCGGGGAAGGUUGCGCAAACGAAAAUCAUAAUAAUACGGAGGACAUGAAAAGAAAGUUGAACAAUAAAUCGGGGUAUGAUGUAUCCAGAGAUAUUGGAGAGGGUGCAACUUCAACUAAAGAGAACAAUGAUGAGGGCAUUUUGGCACGGGACAUAUUGGAGAAUAUUAUUGUGGAAGAAAUGGAGAACAAUAAUAAAGAAAAUGGAGAGAACCAUGCCGACUGUAUGUCCCAGGAAAUUCAUUUCGAGGCCAUUGUAAAAGAAGAUAAAAUUGAAGAGGAAGGUUCUUUAAACGAAAUUCACAACAAAAUAAAGGAUAUGAAAGAAAAGUUGAACGAUGAACUUGGUUGUGAUGCACCCAGGGAGAUCACUGGAUACAUGAGGGAUAUUGGAGAGGAGGCCUAUAGUGAGAGUGCAACUUCAAUUAAAGAGAACGAUGAUGGGAGAAUAUUGGAACGGGACAUAUUGGAGAACAUUUUUGUGGAAGGAAAUGAGAACAAUAAUAAAGAUAAUGGGGAGAACCAUGACGACUUUAUAUCCCAGGAAAUGAAUUUCGAGGUCAAUGUAAAAGAGGAUAAAAUCGGAGAGGAUAAGAAUUUUGACGAAGAUAAAAUCGAAGAGGAAGGUUGUGCAAAUGAAAUGAAUAACAAAAUGACGGAUAUGGAAAGUAAGCUGAACAUUGAACCUGAAUAUGAUGUGCCCAGAGAGACCAAUGAAAACACGAGAGAUGAUAAAGAUGAGGUCCAUGGUGAGAUUGCAAGUUCAACAAAAGAUAACGGUGUUCGAUCUAAUGAGAGCAUAUUGGAACAGGAUAUAUUGGAGAGGAAGAAUGCCGGAGAAAUUGAGAACAACGAUAAAAUGUUGAAAAUUAGAGGAGAUGACGAUUCUUUAACAGUAAAAAACAAUGGAGAGAAUCAUGACUACUUUAUAUCUCAGCAAAUGAAUUUCGAGGCCAAUGUAAAAGAAGAUAAAAUCGGAGAGGAAGGUUCUUCAAAUGAAAUUCACAAAAAAAUAAAGGACAUGGAAAGAAAGUUAAACAAUGAACUGGAUUAUGAUGUGCUCAGAGAGACUAAUGAAGACAUGAGCGAUAACGAAGAGAAUAUCCAUAACGAGAGUGCAUGUUCAACAGAAGAAAACGAUGAUGAAUGCAUAUUGCAACGGAAUAUAUUGGUGAAUAAGAAUGUGGAAGAAAGUGAGAACAAUAAUAAAAUGCUGAAAAUUAGAGGGGAUGACGAUUCUUUAGCAGUCAAAGAUAAUGGGGAAAACCAUGAUGAUUUUAUAUCCGAGGAUAUGCAUUUUGACGGAGAGACCCAUGAACAUAUCUCCAAUAGUGUACAAUUUGUAGAGGAAAUAUUGGAGGAAUCCCUUGAGGAGCUAUUUAACGAAAACCUGUACACGACGAUAGAGAAGGAUGGCAUUGAGAUCGAUGAAAAUACAGAGGAGAAUGUAUUCGACGAGAAUAUGUAUGAGUCUGAAGCAAUUGAAUUUGAAACUGAAAAAGAUCUAUGGAGUGAAGAUAUCUUUACGGAAUCGGAUAUGUUAAUUAAUUGCUCUGAUUAUGACAUGUCACCAGAGAGCGAAUAUUAUGAAGUUGAAAACUAUCAAGAGACGUAUAAUUCGAGAUAUUCAUAUAGAGAGCAGACGCAAUUAAGUGACAUAGAAGAAGAGUCCGAAAUCGAUGAAGACAGUGAAAUUGAGGACAUUUCGUUAAUACGAUCGGAAAUAUAUGAAUCAUCUAGGUCUUCAAAUCGAAAUUCAAACUCAAUUGCACAUGAUGAUACUGAAGAGGAGAGAAUUGAGGAAGGAGAGCAAGAGAAAGAGAAUAACAAUGAAUUAGCUCUGGUUGAAGCAUUUACAAAGAGAGCUAUUAAUGAGCCAAUAAUUAAUGAGCCAAUUGAAGAUGCUGAAGAGGAGGAAGUUGUGGGAGAUGAAAAGCCCACAUAUUUGAAUGAGAAUGUGUUGCAGAGAGAAGACAAUAGCAAUGAAUUAGCUGUCGUUGAAAAAAAUACUACGAGAGAAAAUAAUGAAGAUCGUGUUUGCGAGAAUAAUUUCAAAGAUGAGCUAAUUGAAGAUGCUGAAGUGCAGAAAAUUGCGGAAGAAGAAAAGCCCACUCAUUCAAAUGAGAAAAUUUGCCAGAGAGAAGAAAAUAGCAACGAAUUAGCUCUCGUUGAAUCAAUUACAAUGGAAGAAAUUAUUGGUAAUUGCUUCUGCGAAAGUAAUUUCACAGAUGAGCUAAUUGAAGAUGCUGAAGAGGAGGAAGUUGUGGGAGAAGAAAAGCCCACUCAUUCAAAUGAGCAAAUAUGGCAGAGAGAAGAGAAUAGCAAUGAAUUAGCUCUCGUCGAAACAAUUACAAAGAUGGAAAAUAAUUGUAAUAGUUUUUGCGAGAGUAAUUUCAAAGAUGAGCUAAUUGAAGAUGCUGAAGUGCAGAAAAUUGCGGAAGAAGAAAAGCCCACUCAUUCAAAUGAGAAAAUUUGUCAGAGAGAAGAAAAUAGCAACGAAUUAGCUCUCGUUGAAUCAAUUACAAUGGAAGAAAUUGUUGGUAAUUGCUUCUGCGAAAGUAAUUUCACAGAUGAGCUAAUUGAAGAUGCUGAAGAGGAGGAAGUUGUGGGAGAAGAAAAGCCCACUCAUUCAAAUGAGCAAAUAUGGCACAGAGAAGAGAAUACCAAUGAAUUAGCUCUCGUCGAAACAAUUACACAGCGAGAAAUUAAUGAUAAUAGCUUCUGCGAGAGUAAUUUCAAAGAUGAGCCAGUUCAAGGUGUUGCAGAGGAGAAAGUUGUGAGAGAAGAAAAGCCCAUUUAUUUGAAUGAGAACAUGUGGCAGAGAGAAGAGAAUAGCAAUGAAUUAGCUCUCGUUGAAACAAUUACACAGGGAGAAAUUAAUGGUAAUAGCUUCUGCGAGAGUAAUUUCAAAGAUGAGCUAAUUGAAGAUGCUGAAGUGGAGAAAAUUGUGGGAGAAGAAAAGCCCACUCAUUCAAAUGAGCAAUUAUGGCAGAUGGAAGAGAAUAGCAAUGAAUUAGCUCUCGUUGAAACAAUUAUAAAAAGGGGAAAUAAUUGUAAUAGUUUUUGCGAGAGUAAUUUCAAAGAUGAGCUAUUUGAAGAUGCUGAAGUGGAAAAAAUUGUGGGCGGAAAAAACCUCACUCAUUCAAAUGAGCAAAUAUCGCAGAGAGAAGAGAAUAGCAAAGAAUUAGCUCUCGGUGAAACAAUUACAAAGAGGGGAAAUAAUUGUAAUAGUUUUUGCGAGAGUAAUUUCAAAGGUUGUGAGCUAAUGGAAAAUGCUGAAGAGGAGGAAAUUGUGAGCGGAGAAAACAUCACUAACUCAAAUGAGAAAAUGUGUCAUAGAGAAGAGAAUAACAAUGAAUUAGCUGUCGUUGAAACAUUGGCAAAGAGUGAAAAUAAUGGCGAUAGCCUUUGCGAAAGUAAUUUCAAAGAUGAGCUAACUGAAGAAGUUGAAGAGGAAAUAGUUGUGGGCGGAGAAAACCUCAUUCAUUCAAAUGAGCAAAUGUCGCAGAGGGAAGAGAAUAGCAAUGAAUUAGCUCUCGUUGAAACAAUUACGAAAAGGGAAAAUAAUUGUAAUAGUUUUUGCGAGAGUAAUUUCAAAGAUGAGCUAAUUGAAGAUGUUAAAGAGGAAAAAAAUGUGGGCGGAGAAAACCUCACUCGUUCAAAUAAGAAAAUGUGUCGCAGAGAAGAAGAAAUCAAUAAAUUAGCUCUCGUUGAAACAAUUGCAAAGGGAGAAUCUAAUGGCGAUAGCUUUUGCGAAAAUAAUUUCAAAGAAGAACCGAUUGAUGAACGCGUUACUGGUGGGGAAGAAAUAAAUGAACUAUCCAAGCUUGCUAAAAGUGAGAGAGAACUUCCCAAAGCCCUUAGCCUCAUGAAAAAUCCCACAAAUUAUUUACAAGCCGAAAAUCAUGUGGAAAACAAAAAAGUAUCAAAGAAAGUAUAUCAUGUCCCACAAAUUCCAGCUAUCGAUGCUAAUGCCGAUGAGCCAAAGAAGAAUCCCCUGGAGAUGACAAAAACAAAACAUCUACCCCUAACAAAGACCAUCCAUGAUGUCCUGGAUUCUCUGGCAGAUCUUUUCAAAGGGAUUCCCAAGAAGAAGCGACAAAAAGUUCAUGUUUCUGAAAGCGAUAAGAGUGCAUGUCUAAAGAAAUUAGCUGGCCAACCCCAGCUGAAAAUGUUCAAUCAAGAUACCCAUGAAAGUCUGGAUAAACAACUCAAUGAAUUUAAAGAACAACAAAAAAUUGAAAUUCAGCAAAUGGUCAAUAGAGUCUAUGCCCAGAGAGAACGUUAUGAUGAUAGCAUAGAAUUGAUAGAUGACAAGUUGAUGAUUGUCCACAAGGACACGGGAGAAUUGAGAGAGCUAGAAAAGCCUAAGCAUAUUGCAUACUCAGAUAGUGAUAAUAAUGAUUAUGAUACUGCCGAUGAGGGAGCUUGUUGUAGUAAGCCCAGGAAGGCACUUGAUGGAGAACAGAGUGACGUCGUUAAGCAACAAAAUUCCUGGAAAUCAAUUGAAAGUGAUGCUGAUGGAGAUGAGAUUGUUACUACCGAGAAGGCGACAGAUGGUAGUAGAGAUGGAAAAAUAUUUAAUUUUAUGGAGAACACCCCCUCCAAGGCCCCCUCCAUUGCCGCCAUGAACUACAAAAAUCCCUGGUACUCCAUUGAGAGUGGAACAGAUGAUGAGGAACAAUUUCAUUCCCUGCCACCUUCAUCGAAAUCGCUGAAUAUUUUCGAUAAUAUUCAUCGCGACUUUUUCGAUAAACUUUCAUUGGAUCAUUUAAAUUUUACACCACAAGAUGAGGAUCAAAUUGUACAGUGCUCUCGCAGCUAUACUGAGCUGAGGAAUCUCUUAAUUCAGCUGCCGGCUGAGGAAGUUUUUACGCAGGAAGAGCGUACGCUGUUGGAGAGCAUUAAAAUUGGCAGCAGCAAGACAGAGGACUUCCCAAACUUGUCUCAAACAGAAAAACAUGUACAAAUUUGUCAAUAUACCGAAAAUAAUUCUAAAGAGGUACCUGUUGAGAAUACUUGUGAAAAAGAGCAACAUAAAGAGAGCAUUGCAUCAGAACACUGGUACAUCGGUGAAGAGAACAACGAGAAAAAAGAUAAUCCCUAUUACAAAGUUCUCUCGAAUGGUGUCAACGUUAUCUUUGAUGCACAGAGAGCCGAUGUCAAAACUCAAACCCAGGACCAAGAAAUUCAAACUGAAAUUACACUUGGAACUAAUUCUGAUUUUGAACAUAAGAAUACUGAAUUCAAACACCAAGUUGAAUCUUUUCAAUCACAAAGAAACUCAUCCCUGGAUUAUUCGAAAAAUGUACCCUUAAAACCAGAUGAGAAUAUAGAAAAUUACAAUUCAGAUAUUUUGGAAUGUAAUUUGGAAAUAUUGGAUUGUAACGAUGGUAUCGUCGAUAAUAUAAUGGUCAAUGCUGAAAUACAUUAUGAAUAUUGAAAUACCAAAUUGAACCGAAGAGGAGAUCAGCCUUAAUUUUUACAAAAUCACAAUUAUUUGUUAUAGUUUUAAAUAAUGAAUUCAAAAUAAAUAUUAAAACAAA